AUGAAAAGGAAUAAAUCGCGUAGUAGAUCGCGAAGCAGACAUAAAUAUAGACGAGAUUCCUUAAGCAAAGAAAGGGAUCGAAGGGAAAGAAGUAGGGAUAGAGAUCGAAGAGAUAGAAGUAGAGAUAGAAGAAGUAGAUCGAGAGACCGAAGACAUAGGUCUAGGGAUAGAAGAAGCAGAUCAAGAGAUAGAAGCAGUAGAAGGAAUUAUAGAUUCGACUCACCACCUAAACUUGAUGCUAAAAAACAAUUUGGACUAGCUAACUAUACUGCACAGUCAGGGUUGGAAGGAAUUGGAUCGAAAGCAUUUCGUGAGAUAUAUAUCGGUAAUAUUCCGCCAGUGGGCGACAUCGAGAUUUUGAUGGACAUAAUAAACCAGGCUUUGAUAUCAGUGAAUGGGACAAGUAUGCCGGGAAAUCCCUGCCUUAAGGGCUGGAUCAGCUCUGACGGGCACUACGCAUUCAUAGAGCUCAGAACAAUGGAGGAAGCCAGUAACUGUAUGCAACUAACAGGCUUGAACAUAAUGGGACACAACAUUAAGGUGAAUCGUCCCAAAACAUACGACGCAGACGUCUUCUCAAAGGCUCCUAGUCCAACUGUCCCAACACUUGAUCCAUCGCUCCUUGCGAUGGGGGUUCAAGCACUCAAAAGCGCAAAGGAACAAAUCGCAGCAGCAUCAGAUAUACUCGCAGCAGAAAAGGCCAAAUCCAUCACGGAUCGUUUAUGUUUAGUGGGAAUCCCAAAGGAUAUGGAACAACAAACUGUUGUUGACCUAUUACAAUCACAAGGAACAAUCAAAUUCACGCAUUUCAUCAUGGAGAAAGGAGAGAUGGUUGUGUUGUUUGAGUAUGAGAAUUUGGAGGACCAGAAGUCAGCUUUAGAAUCUCUCCCGAAACAAGGAUAUCGUGUGAUCAUGGCCAUUGAUGCUGUCACACAGGGAAUUAUUUCACCGCAGCAAAUCAAAACUCAGCUUGCGAAUUGCAGUCUAAUGAAGGCGGAGAUUCCCACAAGGGCUCUGUUGCUAUCGAACCUCGUCUCCAAGGAGGAACUUGACGAUGAUGAAGAGUACGUUGACAUCAUCGACGAUAUUCGUUGUGAAUGUGAACUUUACGGUGUGGUCCUCAGGGUUGAGUUGCCUCGAGUACCCAAAGGCCUGAGCGAAGAAGAGAUGAAUUCUUUCGACCCAACAAGCGUCGGUUCAGGCUUUGUGCUCUUCUCGACAGUUGACUCAGCGUCAAAAGCGAGGAAGGUUCUCGACGGACGAAAGUUCGGUCAGAGAACAGUUCAUGCACAUUUUUUCAGCGAGCUGUACUUCCUUACUGGUAGGUUUGGAAACCCAAAACCUAACUUCGAAAAGGAACACUCAUCAAUAUACACUACAGAGUUGGUGAAUAACCCAAACAUCGCACCAGAUAUACUUAACAAGCUGGAAACUAACCAUAAAACUAAUGAUACAACUUAA